AAAACACCUUUGUACAUGACGUUUUCGGCAUCCUUUGCGAAAGUCUAGCUACUUGCUAGAUUUCGUACGUCCAAUCGAUUAUACAUUGCAGAUAAUUUUGCUUCAUGACCUGCGAGGACGUGGCCCAUCUUCUAUGCGUUAAUUUCAAUCAAGAUGCGAAGUCCUUAGCUGUGGGCCAUUCCAACGGAUAUAUUCUGUACAGAACUACAGAUGUUUUGGAAGCUUCCAUUCUAGUGGAUAAUGCUGACUCUUCCCCAGCCAUUCACGAUGCGAUCAUCGUUGAAAGACUGUUCAAUUCGUCACUCGUCGUUAUCGUCUCGCAAAAGGAGCCGCGCGUUAUCUGCAUAUAUCAUUUCAAAAGCAAGAAUAUGAUAUGUGUCUAUAAAUUCAUCAAAUCAGUGCUCAACGUCAAAUUGAAUCGCGAUCGAGUUGUUGUUUGUCUUGAGGAUAGCAUACACAUUUAUGUUCUGAAGGACAUGAAGCUGCUGCACACGAUCCUGGACACACCACUCAAUCGUCUCGGACUGAUCGAUCUUUCGCCAGCAGGAAGUUCGUUGAUUGCUUAUCCAGCAAGUGCAGAAGCUGGAAGUGUACAUAUUUUUGAUUGUAUGAACUUAUCAGCAGUCAAUACAUUCACGGCACAUGACGGCCCUCUUGCAUGCUUGAAGUUCAAUUCUGAUGGUACUAUGAUCGCAACGGCAAGUACAAAAGGCACUGUUAUCCGCGUAUACAGUGUGCCACAAGGAACAAGGCUGUUUGAGUUUCGAAGAGGAAUGUCAAGAUGCGUCACAAUUUACUCGCUUGCCUUUUCUGCCGACUCAACUUACUUGUGCUCAUCGAGUAAUACUGAGACAGUGCAUGUGUUCAAACUGGAGAAACCAGAUGAUCAGGAAAAGAAACAGGAGCCAUCUUCCGAAUCCUCUAGUGGAUGGUUUGGAUACUUAACACAAGCAGCAUCGAGUUAUCUUCCUGCGCAAGUGAAUGAGCUAAUGACGGUAGAGAGAAGUUUUGCACAUGCUAUACUCCCUGGAUCAGACAAGAAGAAUGUGGCAGCAAUGCUCACGAUCAGUGGUCAACCCCACCUUCUUGUUGCAACAACAGAUGGAUUUCUGUAUUGUUAUCGUGUGCUGAGUUCCGGUGGCGAAUGUGAUCUAGUCAAAAUGCAUCGUAUAGGUGCGAAUGCUACAGAUGCCAACAGAGGAGAUUCUAGUCGGCAAAAACCAGCCGAGUCUAGUUCCCGAGUGCCAGAUGCUAACGAUCCAGAAGAGUUCCCUCCCAUUUGUCAUACAACCGGCUAAGUGAUCUUUUUUACAUACAUUCCCGUGAACAGUUUUGAUCAUUUUGAUAGUUUUGUUUGGCUUUUGUACUUCUUUUGUAAUGUCGGCUGGUUCCCACUACUAGGCUAAAUACUUUUUCGCCUCCUUUUGGAUUAAUAUUGCACUUUUGGUGUGCCUUCUUUACCACAGCGUCCGAUGCUUUUUGUUAGCAAUACUAUUUUUCCAACAUAUGUAACGUGCACCUGGAGCUUUGGCGGUUGACUAGGAUGAAAUACUUCCAUGCAUGAAAGAUUAGCUUUUGUAACUUUUGAAAACGAUACCGUGAUUGAGAGGUAGUCUUUGAGUGUAGGUAAAAAAGGCGAUUUUU